GUAAGGUUGAAGGUGCAGCAGAAAAAAGGAAACAUCGCAACAGUUUGAGGAUCAGCGUUUCAAACUUUAAUUUGUUUGUAAUUUUUGAGGAUGUUUUCGUUUGGGGAGACAAUGGAGUUUCUGAUCGGAAACCCAUUUUCAACGCCGGUCGGUCAGAGAAUCGAACAGGCAACCAGUGGCACUCUGCAGUCAGAGAACUGGGGGCUCAACAUGGAGAUAUGUGACAUCAUCAAUGAGACGGAUGAAGGGCCCAAAGAUGCAGUUAAAGCUAUUAAGAAGAGAAUUGUAGGAAACAGGAACUUCAGAGAGAUCAUGCUGGCACUGACUGUUCUUGAGACCUGCGUGAAGAACUGCGGACAUCGGUUCCAUGUUCUGGUGGCAUCACAGGAGUUUGUUGAAGGCGUUUUGGUCCGUUCCAUUCUGCCCAAAUACAACCCCCCCAUUGCCCUCCAUGACCGCGUCCUCAGCCUCAUACAGUCGUGGGCGGAUGCGUUUCGGAGCACUCCCUCCCUGGUGGGGGUGGUGUAUGUGUAUGAUGACCUGAGGAGACAAGGUCUGGAGUUCCCCAUGACGGACCUGGACGCUCUGUCCCCCAUUCACACUCCAAGCAGGAGCAUUCCAGAAAACGAGCUCCCUAACACAACUCCCGUCACCUCUCCUCCAGAACAGUCACAUCCACAAACCCCUCCCACUCAUCCCAGUCAGAAUAAUUUACCAGCAGUCCAACCUCACGAGGGACCAGGUUCCAUCUCUGCAGAACAGGAGCAGAAGCUGCAGCGUGAGCUGGCUUUAGUGAAGGGGAAUCUCACUGUGAUGUCUCAGAUGCUGAAUGAACUGAAACCUGGACAAAGCCAGCGGGAGGACACGGACCUGCUACAGCAGUUGCACUUGGUGUGCCGGAGCAUGCAGACUCGGGUGGUGGAACUCGUUCCUCAGCUGAUGGAUGAAGCAUUUAUCGCAGAGCUGCUCGCCGUCAACGACGACCUCAACAACACCUUCAUCCGCUAUGACAGAUUUGACAGACUUAAUAAGGCACAAAUGACGAGUCAACAGAACGCUGCCACCAGUCAGACCCUCAGUGACCCCAGUCCUGACCCUCUGACCCCCAGCCAGACAGCCAUCAUCUCAGCGAGCAGCCAAUCAGCAGUCAGCGCUGAAACGAACAACAGACAAACAGCUGAGGGCGGUGAGGAGGAGGAGGAGUUUGACAUGUUUGCUCAGACCAGAAGCAGCUCGCUGGCUGAACAGAGGAGAAGGGUCCGGUAUGAAGACCCCGGAGCUGUUGAGGGCCUGGCUGGGGCCCUGGACUCCAGGUUACAGAUCACAGCAGGAAUGCAGAGUGAUGCUGGCAGAGGGACACCCUGUGAGACGGAGCAGCCUGCAGUCUGUGAGGGAGCGUCCGGGGAAGAGUCUGAGAAGUUCCUGGAGGAUCAGGCAAAGCCAGCAGACCACAGCGAGCAGACGAUCAGCAGCCCGCCGCUGUCCACGUCCAGACCGCCACUGCAACCCACCCGCCAAUACGACGCAUCACAUGACAAUCUUUUCACGCUCUGAGUGUGUGUGUGUGUGUGUGUGUAUCGAGGUCAACGCGUGUUUGUCAUCGGAUUGGAGAAACAAACAGUCACAUGUCUGCUGGUUUAAAAUUCAUGUGAUCACAAAGAAGUCAGUAAAAGCUGAAAAAAAGCAGUUUUGUAAAAUAUGAUGUUUGAGUGGAAAAUAACUGAAACCUAAAGCUAUCUUCAAACUUAAAAAAAAAAGAGAUCAUAAUCUUAUAACUGUUAAAAUAUGUCACACAUACAGUCAGAUGCAUCAAUAUUUGGACCAGAUAUUUUACCACAGCUGUUGAAAGUUAAUAGUGAUUUUGCAGUGU